CCGAAUAAACUCCGGCUGAUAUAAAAGCGUUUACGGUGAUCACUUCCGAACGGACCCUCGUGAAGAUUGUGUAAAAGAUUUACAGUUGAUAACUUGAUACUGCUACCGAUACACCGCCCUGCUACCGUAUAAUGCAAUCUCCUUUAUCACCAGCUUCCUCUUCGCAAGUAAUGAAAUCAAUGAUAUAGCGAAGUAUCUUCUGAAAUAAAAUGUUCGUAUUUUAGGGUUUCGUAUUCUAAAUUUAGGGUUCACUCUGUUAUGUAAGUCGAAUACCAGAGGUUUUCUUUUUUGACUCUUUUUUGAAUGCGAGCACCUGAUGAUUCAUCUGAAAGGGGGGCGCGCAUUGCUUCUAAAGUACCGAAAACAUCCGAUUCCUUUUGUUCUCGACACCACCCCAAGUCUUAAAAAAGAACUUGAACCCAACGAAACUGCUCUGAAGGAACCCCAUGUUGUGAAGCGAUUGAAGCAAGAGAGAGACAUCACAGUGGCUAUGGAGUACUUCAAGUACGUGACCAAUUCGAAAGGUUUCAGACAUACCUAUCUAACGUAUCAAAUCAUGAUCGAGAAGCUCGGGGAGGAGCGUCAAAUUGAUGGCAUUCAGUACCUCUUACAGCAAAUGAAAUUAGAAGGAAUUAGCUGCUCGGAAGAAUUAUUUAUCAACGUCAUAAAUUCUUAUAGGCGAGCUGGGGCUGCCGAUCAGGCUUUGAAGACAUUCUACCGGAUGCAGGAUUUUGAUUGUAAACCUACAGUCAAGAUUUACAAUCAUCUCUUGGAUGCAUUGCUUAAUGAGAGCAGGUUUCAGGUGAUCAGCCCGAUCUAUAAUAAUAUGAAGAAAGAUGGUAUUGAGCCUAACAUUUUCACAUACAACAUUCUUAUGAAGGCGUUGUGCAAAAAUAAUCGAGUGGAUGGCGCUUGCAGACUGCUCGUAGAGAUGUCGAAGAAGGGGUGUUCUCCUGAUUCAGUAAGCUACACUACCAUAGUAUCCGCUCUAUGUAGGCUCGGUAGGCUGGAGGAAGCAAAGGAGCUUGCAAUUCAAUUCACUCCCUUUGUCCCUGUCUAUAAUGCUUUGAUAAAUGGGUUUUGCAGAGAAUCCAAAAUCAAAGAUGCAUUCCUCUUGGUAGAUGAAAUGGUGAAUCGGGGAAUUGGCCCUAAUGUAAUUACAUACACAACUAUCAUCAAUGCACUUUGUGAGGUUGGGAAUGUUGAGCUGUCUCUUGUUGUUUUGGCCCAAAUGUUGGUGAGAGGGUGUACUCCUAAUAUUCAUACUUUUACUUCCUUGAUAAAGGGUUUCUUCCAAAAAGGAAGAGUAUGUGAAGCUGUCAAAGUAUGGGAUUGGAUGGUUGGAAAUGAUUGUUGCCCUAACAUUGUUGCAUACAAUACAUUGAUACACGGUCUCUGUUCUAGGGGGGAUGUCAAUAGGGCUAUAUCCAUUUUUUUCCAAAUGGAGGAAAAGAGAUGCCCACCAAAUGUCAAAACCUAUACUAUACUACUUAAUAGCUUUGCAAAAGGUGGAGAUAUAGAGGGUGUGGCAGAGAUAUGGAACAGGAUGAUAAACCGUGGUUGCCACCCUAACGUUGUGGCAUAUACUUGCAUGGUGGACGCCCUUUGCAGGAAUUCAAUGUAUAACCAAGCCCAGUGCCUUAUUGAGAAUAUGGAUUUGGAAAAUUGCUGGCCAAACACAAUAACAUUUAAUGCAUUUAUCAAAGGUUUAUGUCGAGAUGGAAGAGCAGGUUGGGCAAUAUAUAUGCUUGAUGAAAUGGAAAAGCGAGGGUGUCUUCCUAAUGUCACAACCUAUAAUGAGCUGCUGGAUGGUCUCUGCAGAGAAGGAAACAUCGGAGAAGCCUCUCUGCUUGUGAAGAAGAUGUCUGAAAAGGGAAUUGAAUUCAAUCUUGUGACUUACAACACAAUUAUGCGUGGCCUUUCUUCUGUUGGUCUGGUGGCAGAGGUUUUGCAGUACUUAGGAAGGAUGGUAGUUAAGGGAAUUAAGCCCGACUUGAUCACAUUUAACACAAUUAUCCAUGGCUACUGUAAGGAAGGUGAGGUCAAGACUGCCAUCCAACUUAUGGAUAGAAUGAGUUCAGAAGGGUGCUCUCCAGACUUGUUAACAUACAGUUUUCUGAUAUAUGGCCUUUGCAAAUGGUUUAGCUUAGAAGAAGCCAUGGUUUUUCUUUUUAAGAUGCUUAAUGAAGGCCUUUCCCCAAAUGCAGCCAUAUGGAAUAUCUUGGUGCGGUGUUUUUUCAGCAAGAUGGGUCCUCCAGGGUCAAUUCAGUUGCUGAAUACCUUGGCAAAUGGAUAGGAUUUCAGUGCUUUCAGAUUUCCUUGUGAAGAUUGAGAUUACCCAAGAAUCUGUCUCCUGGUUUGAUGAUCAAUAAUAAAGAAGCAAACAACAUGCGCCAUGGGACCUUCUCCUCAAUAUUCUUAGACAAUUCAUCUAUGAUCAAUGCAAAUGAAUAAGGGCUAAGUGCUGAAACAUGGUGAAGCAUGGGGACAACUUUGCUCUGCAUGACCAGCAUGUAGGCCAUUCACAUGUUAAUUCAAUGGAAGGAAGGGAAAUGUUUCCUGUUGGAAAGUCUUCUGGCAAUAGUACAAGGGGUAUGGUCAGAUAAUCCUGCUUUGCAAUUGGCAGCAACUACUCAAUUCAGGAAACUUCUAUCAAUUGGCAAGUUUGACAUUCUGUGCACUGGGAUGGUUUUUUCACUGGUCUUUCCCUGGUUUCCU